AUGGGAAUUUAUAUAAGCAAAUAUGACGUUUCCGAAGUGGGAACUGUUUAUACUGCUAAUUGGAAAAAAGGUCCAAAAGAUUGUUGGGAUGAGACCGAAUCGAAAUAUGUGACGAGAAGAGAAUUAAUUAAAAUAGCUUUACACUCUCUUGGCAGUUCUCCAUCCUUAUUCCUUAAAGAGUUAAAAUUGCAUUAUUUUUCACGUGUUCAUAACGGCCUUAUGAUUCGAUUAUUUGGAGUAACUCGGGAGACCGUAACAGGACACUUUAUGAUGGUAGCAGAAACUAUAGAGUGGGAUUUGAGGCAUUACGUAUCACAUCAUUUUGCUCGUCUCACAUGGUCACGUAAAUUGUCAAUACUUCAUUCAAUUGCUUGCGCUCUUGAACAAUUACAUAAUGGGGAACAAGUUCAUCGUGAUAAAGCAACCAAUGGACAAUUAUUUAAGAAUCAUUUGGAAAUUCCAGUGAAUGAAUUGGGACUUGGGAAGAAUAAGAAUUCAAUUCCGAUAAUAGGAUAUUAUAAAAAUGAUUUAUUACCUUUUAUGGCACCUGAAAUAUUAAGAAACGAAAAGUACACAAAGAAAUCUGAUAUUUACAGUUUUGGAAUCAUCAUGUGGGAACUUUGUACUAAUUCUCAACCAUUUCAUGAUAAACUUCAUAAAUCAAGAUUGAUUAAUUCGAUUGCUUAUAACGAACUUCGUCCUAGUAUUGAAAAUAUCGAUGUUCCUGAUUGUUACAUCGAAUUAAUGAAAAAAUGUUGGUCAUCGGAUCUUUCAAUACGUCCAAACAUCAGAGAAUUAGUAAAUCAAUUAGGUGAAUGGCACAUGUAUAAGAAACAAUCUGAUGAAUUCGAACAAGCUGAACGUAUACGGAUAAGGCGCAUGAAAUCCAAAGGUUUAGAUACAUCUCCAAACAAAUUAUUAAUUCCUCUUCAAAUCCAUCCUCAAGCUAUCUAUACCUCUCGAAAACUUAAAUUUCCUAUCAUACCUUUACACACUCAAAAAAUCCUUCGAAAUAUUACUACUUAUGAAGAUCCAUCUUCCACCAUCGACUUGGCUUCUUUGACCGUUAAGGAUCAAAGUUUCUUUACAAAAAACAAUUUUAUGCAACAACGAAAGCUUGAAGAGGAAGAAAUAGAUGAAGAUUUAGCUAGACAAUAUGAACUUUCUAUUCCUUUUGAAAGGCCUCUUGUAAUCUCUUCAUAG